CGGCCUACUAUUUGCUUUCUUCUUCCCCAAUUCUUCUUCUUCUUCUUCAAUUCUGAAUUCCCAGAUCAGAUUAUCUCAAAUCCAACAUGGGAAAAUACACACAAGAAUCUGAUGAGGAUUCUGUAAAGAAUGAACUGAAGGAAGGUUACUGCAAGGAAGCUUGUGAUGAGAAACCACCAAAAUCUGUAUCUGAUUAUAUACUCCCUCAUAUUCUCAAUCUCUAUGCAUCGCGUGCAACUCCUCAAGAUUUUGAAAUAUAUGCUCCACACGCAACCUUUGUAGAUCCGCUUAUGUGCGCUCAGGGGGUAAAACAGAUCAAAUCAUCAUUCUAUUCACUUGCCAAGGUGUUCAGCGAAUCAAGAAUCGUGGAGUACAGUAUCGAAGAAAAAGUAAUUUCACCCGGAAAGACGGAGAUACUAAUCGAUAACAAACAAUACUACAAAUUCCUUGGGAAGGACAUAAAUAUGAUAUCACUCAUCACGCUGCGAACAGAGGAUGGCAAAAUUGUUCGUCAUGAAGAUUGGUGGGACAAGAAACCGUUAUCGAACAGAGACACGGUUAAAGCACCGUUAGUUGGCCGAGUUGUUGAGGUGGCGAAACGAGCGUCCAUGUUUGCAACUCAUGCUCUGAUGAGUUUUGGCAAGGAUCCAUCUCUGUGAAGCAUUUCCUCAAACACAUUGUGUGCAAUGUUUUUUAAUCUAUGUAAUAAUGGUGUGUACAUAUUUGAUACAAAUGUUCUUAAUUAUGGUUGCAGUUUUUAAGAUGGUUUAUUAUGAAAUUAUAUAAUUUCGAAUUUUUAUAAUACAUGAUUUCAAU